GAAAGGCGGUUCCAUGUCUAACGCCCCACACAGCGCACGGGCACAAAUGAACGACACCGGCCAGCGCCGCCUCCCUCAUGGAUAAAGUGAGCGGAUAGAGGACACACUGAAGCGACUUCAGUAACAAGUAAAGUACAAAGCAAUGGAUCAGCGGGUCAGCCUUAAUAUCAGCGGCAACAACAGCAGCGUCGGCGAGAAGCCCGGGGAGGGCUGGAUGGUGGCCAUGGGCAUCGUCAUGUCUUGUAUUGUGCUGGUCAUCGUGUUCGGCAACGUGUUGGUCAUCACCGCAAUCGCCAAGUUCCAGCGGCUACAGACGGUCACCAACUACUUCAUCAUGUCUUUAGCCUGCGCCGACCUGCUCAUGGGGCUCAUGGUGGUGCCCUUCGGAGCCACUUACAUCACCCUGGACACGUGGGUCUUCAAUAACUUCUGGUGCGAGUUCUGGACCUCGGUGGACAUCCUUUGCGUCACUGCCAGUAUUGAGACCCUUUGCGUCAUUGCCGUGGAUCGAUACUUUGCCAUCACCUCUCCAUUCCGCUAUCAGAGUCUGCUGACCAAGUGCAAAGCCAGGAUUGUCAUCCUAUUGGUGUGGCUGGUGUCUGCCUUGACUUCUUUCCUGCCCAUCUGCAUGCACUGGUACAGAGUAGAGGAGAAGACUGCCCUAGAUUGCUACCAAGACCCCUCCUGCUGCUUCUUCUAUACCAACCCUGCUUAUGCCAUCUCCUCUUCCAUCAUCUCCUUCUACUUGCCCCUGGUGGUCAUGAUCUUCGUCUACGCCAGGGUCUUCCAAGAGGCCAAGAAACAGCUCAAGAAGAUCGACAAAAGCGAGGGCAGGUUCCACAACCAGAAUCAGCCUCAGGACGCCAAUGGGAAGCAAGGAAACAGGAGGACCUCAAAGUUUUUGAAGGAGCACAAGGCGCUGAAGACUUUGGGGAUAAUUAUGGGCACUUUUACUUUGUGUUGGCUCCCCUUCUUCAUAGUCAACAUUGUCCAGGUGAUGCACAAAGACAUUAUCCCUGACAAGGUUUACACCUUCUUGAACUGGGUGGGCUACGUCAACUCUGCCUUCAACCCGCUCAUCUACUGCAGGAGCCCAGAUUUCAGAUACACUUUUCAGGAGCUGUUGUGCUUACGGAAACCAGCUUCCAAAGACUACGCCAAUGGCUACCCCCAGAGCAACGGCAACAGCAUCUACAUGGAAGACACCGACCCUAGUCCGUAUUCAAAAGGCAGGGCAUGUGAAGUUUUAUUUAAAGAGGAGAAAACUCCCAACGACUCCCUUUCGAACUGUGAAGGUACUCGGCUAGAUUUUAGCUUGGACCCACUGGGCAAGAAUCAUAACACGCAUGAUUGCUUAUUAUAGGAUUGUUUUGAAUUUUUCUUUUUUUUGUUCGUUAACAUGAACUACAACAAACCGGAUUAUUGCAAUACAAGGGUCAACCAGAUAUCUGAAUGUAUAAUACAAAGGAAAAUGUUUUUAUAUAUAUAUAUAUAUGUAUAUUUUGCGGAAGGGCGGCGCCCGUGUCUUGCAGAAUGUAUAAAUUUAUUAUGAGAAAAUGUA